AUGAGUAAAGAAAGCAUACUCCAUACUCAUGGCGUUCCAUCUCAGCCAGGGUCGGCACACUUUACAGGAAGACGACUGGCUAAGAUAUUGGCGGCUGCCCUUUUCUGUGUCUGGCUUGUACGAGCGACGCAAUCGAUCAAGGUGACAUGGACUAGCGCGAAAGGGACAGCACCCAAAGAAGCCUCGCUCGACGACGACGAGGCGGUAUGGGAUGACAUACCGACUUUACCUUACCUGCAGUACACUAAGUGCUACGAUGACCUGCAGUGUGCAAGGCUGCAGUUACCGAUGGACUGGUGGAACGGGACCACCAAGGCUACUAUCAGCCUCGCCGUAAUCAGACGUCCUGCCGUCGUCCCGAUCACUCAUGCCCAGUACGGCGGAGCAGUACUCCUGAACCCAGGCGGACCCGGAGGCUCUGGUGUUGGCUUGGUACUCCGCUCGGCUAAGCAUGUUCGUGAUACCAUUGAUGCGGCGAACGGUACAGAGGGCAAGUACUUCGAUCUCAUCUCCUUCGAUCCGCGUGGUGUUGUCCGUACGAGACCUGGCAUUGCAUGCAUCAAGAACUUGGGCCUCGAUCAGGCCUGGCAGGUACGUGUUAUGGAGGAGGGCGUGAUGGAGGCCUCAGAUGCUGCGUUUGGACGUCUGUGGUCGAUGUCGAUUGCCCGGAGCCAGAGCUGUUCCCUCCCGUUGCUGGAAGGUUGGCCAGAUAUGCGCAAGUAUGUUACAACGGCUUCGGUUGCUCGUGACAUGCUUGAAAUCGUUGAGAAGCAUGGCGAGUGGCGCGAAAAAGAGUCGAGGCGCAUCCUAGGCCUAGCUGCACGAACACCAGUUCCGAAUAGCUUGGUCUACCAGCGUGGCCAGGAGAAGAUACUAUACUGGGGUUUCAGCUAUGGCACGUAUCUUGGCAACACUUUCGCUGCGAUGUUCCCUGAUCGUGUUCAUCGAUUGGUCGUUGACGGCGUGGUUAACGCAUACAAUUACAAGGCAUCAUUGUGGUCAGAUAAUCUUGACGACACUGAGGCAGACUGGAGCCAGUUCUUCUUUCACUGCGCUCGUGCGGGCUAUCCGGCUUGUGUCCUCGCAAACAAGACUGGCGAAACCACUGCUGACGGAGUCCGCGCUCGUGUCGAAAGGAUAUCGAACAGCCUUUACCACAAUCCGCUACCGGUCGUUCUGCCGAACCCGGAGGUGAUUACUUACAGCGAUGUCAAGAACCUGAUCUUUGCAGGGGUUUACUCGCCCAUGCAGUCCUUCCCGUAUAUUGCAAACGUGCUUGCUGGUCUCGAGCGAGGCGAUGGCACUGAGUUCGCAAAGCUGCUGCGACCAUUCCACGAGCCGACUUGCCCAGGGUCACGCGGCUCGGGUUUCUCAAUCGUGCCGCUCAGGAACCAUUCUGCCCUGAGCAUGACUUACGACGCCACAAUGUCAAUCGCCUGCACGGAUGGCGAUGAUCAGAGCUGGGUGAACCGAACGACCUUCGAGGCCUACACGAAGGAGCUGGCUGCUGUCUCGCCGAGUAUCGGGUCAAUGUGGAGCACAAUAAGAAUGCACUGUGUCCACUAUUCGAUCCGUCCAUACCAUAGGUUCGAAGGACCAUGGAUUGCGAAGACAAGCCACCCAUUACUCCUCAUUGGCAACACUGCGGACCCUGUCACACCAGUCAAGCAUGCUCUCAUGAUGGCUAAAGGAUUCGAAGGCGCCGUGGCGCUCACCCAAGACUCUGCCGGACAUUGCUCUAGCUCUGCGACUAGUAACUGCACGACCACGUACAUCCGACGCUACUUCCAGACUGGAGAGCUUCCGCCAGUGAAUACAACCUGCCCAAUCGACGAAUUUCCGUUUGGACCUGGGAACAAUGAAACGCAUGCAGCCAGUGUACAGACACUGCGGACGAGAGAGAGGUCCGCUGGAAUGCAUGCCGGGCUUGUUGCUGCAAAUGGAGGGUUCAUGAGAGGAGCAUUGUCCGGCAGACUCACUGACGCGUGGUUUAACUAG